AUGGUCAUGAGAGGCGAGGAUCAAAGAGGUAGCUUGCGAAUCAAGAAAGAUAUGGAACCGAAGAGAACAAUGUUGUUGGAGGAAAAUGGAGAGUCUAGUUCAAAAUCAAGAAGCGUUAUGAUGCCCGAGGAGUUUGUGAGGCAUGCAAGUGAGGAGUAUGUUAGCCCUGAGUCAUCUAUCGGAAUAUUGGCUGCCUCGGCUCAUACCUAA